AAAGAAGAUUAGAAAGUCUUAUAUUUGAUACCGAAUAUGCAUUUGAUGAAGAAGAAAAACAAGAUACUAAAAUAUUAGCUAACGAAAUUGAAAAUGAACUAUCAGAAAAAUUAUUUUCAUCUAUUGAACAAAUCUAA